AUGGUCAUGGUGGCCAGACGAUCUUAUGUCGUGGAAACUGUAGCCAACCGGAGAGAUUGGUGCAUAUUUUGCAAUCCUGCUGGAUCACGCAUGACGACAGCUUUGUUCGUCAUAAUCGGGUUGCAAGGGAACUCGCAAAAUGUCCGUCAACUGGGAUACACCGUCUUUGAGGAGUUGAGAGGUCCACCUUCGACGUCCUUCAUCAAACCUGACCUAAUCGCUGUUCGAGAUCGCCGUGCAACCGUAAUAGACGUCAGCAUAUUCUCGGAUGGGCGUGAAGUGACUGUGUGGAAUGAGAAGAAUUAUGGUGCUGAUGAAUAUUCCAUCGCCAUAAUCUCAGUCCUCCAUGCCAUCGGUUAUGGUGUCGACUUUUUGGUUCACCAACCGAUGAUCAUCUCUUAUCGGGGAUCUGCUUUCCUCAAUUCGCUAAGGCUUAUCCGCCUUACGGAACGUAUGAGACGUUCCCAUACUCCGCCUCUAUGGCUGCUCAACGGUGGAGUGAACUGCCACUCGACGUUAUACCGCAUUAGUUCAGCGCUGAUGCGGGAAUGUGAAAGUCGAUCUAUGGCUCGUUUCAAUUCCAUCUCCGCCCCGACGAAAUUAGAACCGUUAUCACUGAUAAUCUUUUCUGGGGCUCCCCUUCGUGCUAUAAAACGCAUCAGCGCCUUAAUGAAGGAGUCAGAAGAUAACGAAUGGGCCAUUUCAAGGUGCACUGCCCUCAUCUGUAAGCAGGCCAGUGUGCCUCUGGAACGUCUUCUCCUAUCAAUAUUCUCACACGCUUAUCUGGAAGCUCCACAAAGGUAG